AUGGCAGCCUAUCCAUGCCAGCAGUCGUACAGGAGCGCUGUGCAGUCUCUAGUGGUCGAUAUCGGGCACGGAUACAUACGUGGAGGAUCUGCAGGGGAAAGCCAACCGAGAUGCAUAUGGCCGUCUGCGGUGGGAGGGGGGGACGACUACGACGUCUUCCCGCUCGUGGAGAACAGCAACUACCGGUGCUCGCAAGUCAGGAUGCUGCGCAGGGUACUUGUAAAUCUGUCAGGCGAUCCACUGAUUGAAAUCGACAAUAAUGCAUACCUUCGGGCUAUACGCGGCACCUUCGGCGACAGCCGGGUGCCGGAUCGCAGACUGAUGAACGCUGCGAUUGCCCGACCAUCGCAAAUUGGUUACAGCGCUACUGCAGUUACAAUGGGAAUUACCACGGCGCCCAGGGACUGCUGGGACCCGUUUAAUUGCCGAAGCCUCUCGGCAAGCCAUCGCAAAAUCUUUACGAAGCUCGACGAGGUUCGGUUCGAUCGGAUAGUAACCGGCCUAAAUCGCUGGAAUAAUGUCUCCAGUGGAAUGGGGGAGCAGGAAAACGCGCGGCCGCUGUUUGUUGUGGAGAGCAACCAGAGCAGCGUCGCAGUGAGGGAGCAACAAAUGGAACUGGUCAUGGAGCAGAUGAACUCCCCGGGCAUAUACUUCGGACAGGGCAGUGCCCUGGCGUGUUAUGCCUUCGGGGUAAAGAGCGGAUUAGUUAUAGAUGUUGGAGCUGCAACCACCUCGCUAGGACUGGUUGCAGAGCAGGGCAUAUACGCGUUCCGCGAGCAUUUUGUAGGGGGCGACCAUGUAGACGCGCUGAUGUACAUGCUACUUAAAGAGUGCGACAAAAACACGCUAAACGCUGUGCUGCACCAUCCAUCGUAUUCUCUGGGCACUACGCUGCGUGAACACAUGAACGACGAGCACCUCCCAAGGGCCUUAGCAACCCGAAUCUGGCAAUACGAGUUCGACCCCAAGCACUUUUACAUACAGGAAAAGCUAAGGGCACUCAAAGAAUCGGUUAUUCACGCCGCAUCAAGCCCCAUCUUUUCCUCAGACUCGCCUGAGGACUCCAGGUAUAGUGACAUCGCAACUGCACUGAUGCCGAACGAGGAAAAUGCUGAAACCGCAUCCAGUGCGGGGGCAGUUCUACCGGACGGAACACCCAUGGAGAUAGACCGUGAAAAACGAAAACAAUCGCAAGAAAAGGCGAAACAAACGCAAGAAAAGGCGAAACAAACGCAAGAAAAGGCGAAACAGGCCAAAAAUUGGAUGUGGCCACCAUUGCAGCCCAUAUCGGAUCCAAGUCACGAUAACAGAGAAUCCCCUCGGGACAGUGCAAAACGUUUACAAAAUGUCGCUCCCGACAGUGUUAUGGCAUUAGCUGCGGAGAUACUUUUUGACACCCCUGCAAUUGCAUCGCGACUGCCGAUAGAUGUCGGACGCUUCCAGGGCAUAUACAAAUCUUUCGAGGAUAUGGCGAUCGGGGAAGGAUUGCAGAGUGCGGAAAUGUUCCGCAAUCUGGUAGUGGUCGGCGGAUGCGCAAACAUGCCUGGUUUUUCACAGAGGCUGGCCCACGACUUCCAACACUUCUCAAAGGAGGCCCAGUACCCCGUUCAAGGGGCGGACUACCGGCUGCUCAACCCGGUCGUAAAGCACAAUCGAUCGGUGUCCAGCUGGAUUGGCGCCUCAAUCCUGUCAAGUCUCAGCACAUUCGACACGUGCUGGAUCUCGUCGGACGAGUACCGGGAACACGGCAAAAACAUAUGCCGACGGAAGGGAACUUUCAACUUCAUACAACACUGA